AAUUUGUUCGCGCUGACCGUACAUGUGUGAUGUAAAAAGACUAGGGGACAGCAACGGGACCAUAGAGGACAUAAUUUGAAUGAGAAAAAAACCUAUUUCGAUGAAGUGGAGCUAGAUUGAAGUGAUGAUCGUUAUUGCUUGUUGCAGUGUGGAUAUUUUUCUAGUCCCAUUUUCUUGGGGUUGGUGUUCGAUGUAUGUUCAUUCAGAUGAAAUUAGAAUUGGAGAACAGAUCGUCCUGUGAUAGUUGAAUCAGCACAUACUGAGAAUUAGGUAAGCGUUGUCUGGAAACAGCAGCCAUGGAUUUCAUUCUCAGCGGAACGGCUGCUUGUGGGGCUUGCCUUUUCACGAACCCACUUGAAGUUGUGAAGACUCGUAUGCAAUUGCAAGGCGAGCUGAAAAGCCGGGGCUCAUACCAAGUGUAUUAUCGCAAUGUAUUCCAUGCCUUCUACACUAUUGGUAAAGUUGACGGAAUCGCCGGGCUACAGAAGGGGCUGGCCCCGGGGUUACUGUAUCAGUUUUUCAUGAAUGGUGUCCGGCUAGGCUCGUACGCAUUCAUUGAGUCUUCAGGCUACAUCCACACGGACGGAAGAGUCAGUGCAGCCAAGAGUACCGUGGCUGGAGCAGUCGCCGGCGUAGUGGGAGCAGUCAUGGGAAGUCCGAUCUAUUUGGUAAAGACUCACCUUCAGAGCCAGGCCACCUCUUCCAUUGCAGUAGGACACCAGUACAAACACCGGGGGAUGUUCCACGCCUUCGCGGGCAUCCACCGGGAGCACGGCAUUCUGGGGCUGUGGAGGGGUUCGAGUGCAGCAGUGCCCAGGGUCAGCGUGGGGUCAGCCGCCCAGCUCUGUACCUUCUCUUCUUCCAAAGAAUUAAUCACUGACCUGCAGGUGUUUGCAGAGGGCAGCUGGCUUAUAGCGCUGAGCGCUGGAAUGAUGAGCAGUGUGGUGGUGGUGCUGGCUAUGACGCCCUUCGACGUGGUCAGCACGCGUCUGUACAACCAGCCGGUGGAUCAGCUGGGCCAGGGGAAGAUUUAUAGGGGAUUUUCAGACUGCUUCUCCAAGACCCUGAAGAAAGAAGGAUUGACUGGGCUAUAUAAGGGCAUUGGGGCCUCCUACUUUCGUUUGGGGCCCCACACCAUCCUGUCUUUACUGUUUUGGAAUGAGCUGCGCAAGCUCUACCAGCCUUACAGGUAGCACAGACAUGCAAAACUGCUCAGAUUGGAAUGCAAGCUAUUUUCCAAGGCCCAUGUUGAAAAUCCAGAAUAUCAAGUAUGAGGAUAAAAAAAUAAUGGUUAAGAUAAUCAACCAAUCAUGCCCUCAAAGACUGGAGUUUUGUACAAAAUCUUUAGAGUUUUAUAUUUGGCUAGCUUAACAGAAACUAGAAACUUGGAACUUUCAGGAUUAAAAAAAAAUAUUAUUUGGUUUAUGUUUUUUUCUCAUCCUUUUUUAAUUGGCUCACCACCACCCUCCCUUGAUGGAGGAGUUUUAUUUAUAUAAUGACAAUAUUUUGCAUAUACUGUAUGUACGUAUCAAAGGGGUGAAGCUGCUGCUCAGAACAUCAAGAUAUCAACAUUUACAGUCAACAAAAAAAAACAGAAACACUAUUGUCUUUUUAUGGAGCCCAACAACAAGGGUUUCCGUAAACAAUGUUUUUUGUUUUUGACUGGUUCAGACAGUGCAAUGAAGUUUAUUUUAGAUAUUUAUAGAAGCUUCUGAUGACCUGCCAGAUUUAAAAUGGCUGAUAUAUGGGGCUAUUGGUGAUUUUUUUUACAGGACUUUCAGAAAUCAGCAUUUUUUAAUUGCAGCCCAUUACAUUUUGUGUUUUACAAUUUUAUUAGUGUGUAAAAAAGCUGACAUUUUAAUUGUUUAUUAUUAUUAUUAUUAUUAUUAUUAUUAUAAUAAUAAUAAUAAUAAUAAUAAUAAUUUAUUAAUAGAAUUUAUAAAAUUGACAGUCAAACACACUCCACUAAUAUUUGCUGUUUAUCUCUGCAACCGAUGUAGCUCCUGCUUUAUUGCUCAAUAGCUCGACAUUUUCUGGAAAUAGGAAACACUUACUCAGUAAUGUUACCACAACUCUCUGGUUCUUGGAAAUUGAAUGCUUGUGCCACUUGAGAAUUCAGAAUAAACUACUUGUAUGAUAUAAAUAUGUAUAUUUAUACUUCAUAACUGUGAACUAAAUUGAAUCACUUAAACUGAAAUAAUGUUUAAAAACUCCAAAAAAUGAACUAAGAUAUAAUUGUAAGCCAUGGAGUGUAGCUGUUAGAGCUCUUACAUGACACCUUUGAUAUACAACAGAGGUAAUAAAAUGGGGAUGACAGCUGUCGUUUCUCUAAUCAAAAACAGUUAUACAUGAGAAAAGUCACUAUCACAGCUAAAGGAUUAAAAUAUGAAGGACUAAUUCUAUUUAACUGAAAAUAUUCUGAUUGUACAGGGGUUUCCGAGUGAAUCAAACAUUUUUUCCCUCAAAAAUGUGCAGUAUUGGCUGUUUCCAGUUGUUUCCUUGACUUCACUGCGUUGUCCUUUCCAAAUUCCUUGUUGUGCUCCCUGGUAUCCUCUGGGGAAUUAAAACCAGGGAUGAUAAAACAUAGAUCUUGGAGCAUGCAUUGGACGAGAUUCAGGAAUACACCUUGGACAGGCUGCUGAUCUAUCAUAGGGCACACACACCAUUCACUCACACACUCAUACCUAUGGGCAAUUUAGAGUUUUCAGUUAGCCACCUGCAUGUCUUUGUACUGUGGGACGAAACCGGAGUACCCAGAGGAAACCCACGCAGACAUGAGGAGAACAUGAAAAUUCCACACAGAAAGGCCCCAGUCAGAAUUUGAACCCAGUGCUACCCACUGCACAGCUGUCUUAUCCCUAUUUUAUUAUUCCUUUGCAAUCUAUGUACAACAGAGAUACUUUUCUGCAGUUUAUACCAAUUGAGCCACAAUGAAAAGUGAUUUCCUCUGGUCACAAUAUUAUUUACGUUACUGUUCAGGUAAAAUAUUUAUAUGCUAUAAAUAUUUAUUUUAUUAUUAAAUAGAGAUUGCCCACAAAUGCAAAAUUACUUAAAAUAAUUAAAAUGAUUAUCACAAAAGACAUAAUUUAUUAUUAAAAUAUUAAUACAUUUAAUAAAAAUAUAUUUAAAAUUCUGAAAUAAGGUAGUUCAAAAAUAUUUGAGUCUUUACAAUUUUAAACUCAAAUCAGUCAGAAUGAAUCCUACCGUAAAUGACACUCCAGAAUGUUUGGCCUCAUGUUAUAUAUUUAAACUAAAUCUUCUUUUCUAAAUAAAGAGCUUCUAGUAUAGCUAGACGUCCCUGGUGCUAAGAAGUAUGUGUAAAAUCAUUUGAUUUGUAUUCUUGCAUUUAAUAAAUUUAUCUUAUUUGA